CUUAACCUUAACCAGAAGGGGAAGAGGAAAAUGGCAAAGUCUAGUAAAAAGACAUUUGUUAGCAAAGGUAGUAGAUUGUAUAUUCCAAAAGUGAUUGAAGACUCUAAUCUUAGAAGGCUAGGAUCUCCAGCUAUCAUAUCCUUGAAACUCAGAUCAGGCAAGGCUCUCAAGCAACUAAAGCCGAAGAAAGAUUCAAAUGACUUGUUCCAAAAAUUGUGCUCCAAAAAUAACCACUUCAGAGUCAAGUCUAGAGCUAUCAAGAAUAUGCACAAAGUGGAUUUGAACAAUCGUAGGAGUAAAAAGGCUGUUUCAAGAAAAAUAAAGGCUAAAUUUAAAACUUUCUCCAGAGACGAUAGGAUUCUAGAAAAAUGCGAAUUGGUUCACAAAAAUUUACUGCAAAAGCUAAGCAUAAAAAUGGAGUUGUCCAAGUACUGAAACGGAAGAUUCUUCUCUCCCCAACGCUUGCAAAGAAAAUUAAUGAGCCCAAUAAAUAUUGAUAGAGCCUUCAGAAAUCCUAAAGCUCAUAAAUUUGAAGCAACUAAGUAUCUUCCUGAAUUGAGCAUUCAGAGCAUUUAAUAACUUUAAUCAUAACUGCU